UCGCAUCACAAGAAUGGAAGCUGUCGGCGGGUAAACGUUUCAUUACACGCUUUCUAAUGUUAAUAUCCCCCAAUAGAAUGCAGUUUUUUAACGUAUUUAUUCACUCGGAACGGCAGUAAGGCGGUGACAAAGUAAAUAUGCGUCGUAAUGGACGAGUGACGGCUCCACGAGGGAUCGUCCAACGAGAGUAAGUGAGAGGUGUGCUCCUAUCCAGACUUUGUGGAUGACGACAGUUGUGUUCAUUCAUUGGACAAAGAAGUGACUGUUAAGUUUAAUAACUCAGUACUUCCCUUUCCUGCGACAUUUCAUGAUACACUCACAAACCGUCAGAGAUAGCACAAAGGCACGGAGACUCUGCCGUGAUGGCCGAGCAGGAGCAGGAGGAGGCGGAGGGCGUCUAUGUCCAACACCAGUAUAUGUGCAGCGAGUGCCAAGAGCUCUUCAACUCCCUGGAGGAUGUGCUGAUCCACCAGCAGAUCCACACAGGCCAAGAGAUGGAGAGCGACGCAGUGGAGGGCUUGACCAUCCCUGACAUGGGGCAGAGCCAGCAGUACCAGUGUCUGGAGUGUGGGAGCCUGCUGGUGAACGCAGAAGAGCUGCUGCAGCAUCAGGAGAUGCACAUGCAAGAGGCUGGGAUGGAGGUGGAGCAACAAGAGGUGUGUGAGGUUCUGGAGGUGGAGGAAGCCAGCGCAGAGGCUCAGGUUUCUGGAACCGUUCAGUACCAGUGUCUUGACUGUCUGGCUCUGUUCAACUCACCUGACACCUGGCUGGAGCACCGACGAACCCACAGCAGGAGCAGCACACACAGCAACGCAGAGACCACAGAGUACGUGCUGCAGCCGGACGGCUCCAUCACUCCUCUGAGUAACGUGCAGAACUACGUACUCAGUGAGCAGCAGGCCGGGGAGAUCCUGGCACAGGUACUUGGCCAGCAGCAGCAGCAGCAGCAGCAGCAGCUGCAGAAGAAACAUCAGUCCGUCUCUAAACCUGCUGCCAGCUCCCGGUCCUACCUGCUCCCCCCCGUGACUGCGACUCCCGGCUCUGCCACCAUGCACCUGCAGAUCCUCACAGCUCAAGCUUUGGCCGACAGCUCCACGGCUCCCAGUCAGCGCCGCUCCAGGUUGCCCGCGCUGUUGCCCACUAUGGGCCGGAGCUGUUCAGGAAAGCUGGCCACGGUGGAGAACGGCGUACAGAGAGUAGAGUUGAGGCUGGCCCCCAGUCAGCAGGACGACACCCAGCAGCAACAACCGACCGAGGUGGUGCUCAUCCACCCUUACGAGUGCUCCGAGUGCUCCCUCCUCUUCCAGACCCCGGAGGACUUCCUCCAGCACCAGGGAGAGCACUUCCUGAGCCAGGACAAAGAGAGCGGGGAGCCCGGGGUCAUGAGCGGCGUGGAGGAGAUGCGAGGAAGAGAAGAGACAAUUUACAAGAUAGACGACAUGAGAAACAGAGUAGCUGAGAAGAGAGCAGUGACGUGGGCCAAACCGCUCCAGUGCGAUCUCUGCAAGCGCACCUUUACCUCAGUCAACCGGCUCACUGCUCACAAGCGUGUGCAUGAGCAAGGCACACACGAGUGUCCGGAGUGUGGAAAGGUGUUCAAGAAAGCCACGUCGCUGCAGACACACAUGCGCACACACUCGGGAGUGGCCCGGUACCUGUGUGUGGACUGCGGUAACGGUUUCACCACGGAAAUGACUCUCAUCAUGCACAGGAAGUCACACACUUCAGACCCCCUUCACAAGUGUCAGUUCUGCAACAAAACCUUCACCAACAUGACCAAGUACCUUUACCACCGCCGGACUCACCUCAACCGGGAUACCUCAGGCGCAGCUACGCCCGUUUAUGUGGCUUUACCUCCAAGCAGAGCAUCUGUCAAGGCUCUUGCCAUCCUACAGAGAGCAAGAGAGAAGAACUCCCAAAAACUGAACCUGCUGCCCCCUCUCACAGAGGAAGAGAUGGAAACAAUGGACAAUCCAAAGCCAAGUUCUUCUAGCAGAGUGGAAGAGGGUGGAGCAGCGAAGGCGGAGGAGGAUGGCGAGAGUAAGGCGUCUGAGGUAGUUGAAGCAAACACCGACGACCUUCAGCAGGUGGAAAUGAAGGAUAUAAGUGUUUCAGCUGCAGAGCCUUUUUUCCUAGCCGACAGCAGUGCAGGAGUCCUGCCAGCCCCUGCUGAAUCAGCAGACGCUGCUUCCACUUCAUCAUCAGACAAAGGCUCUUUCUGUUGUCGUUCAUGCCCCAAAACAUUUCCCUCCCGGCUGCAGCUCACGCAUCACCGCCGCACAUCCCAUGCCACCGAGCGCAGCUUCAUGUGUGGCGUCUGUGGCCAGUCCUUCAAGAAGCAGAUUCACGUGCGAAACCACAUACGGACGCAUACUGGCGAGAAGCCUUUCCAGUGUUCUGACUGCGGCAAAACCUUCUCACUGCUGGCCAAUCUGAUGAGGCACACCCUCAUCCAUUCUGGUGUCCGCCCGUACCGCUGCGACGUCUGCCACCGCUCCUUCUCUGUGGCGUCCAACCUUCGGCAGCACAGCCUGCUACACUCUGGUGCCGCGGCAUUGACCUGCCCCGAUUGCCCCGGCACGUUUCGUAGCGCUGCCAAGCUGGCGGCGCAUCGCUUCACCAAACAUCCGGGAGCUCCGGCGCCUUUUCCCUGUCCUCACUGUGAAGCUGGUUUCUUGCUCAGGAAGCAACGAGACGUCCACUGUCUGGAGCAGCACCCCUUGUUGGUGCAGGCGGGUACAGAGACCGAGGGGAACAAAGAUGGAAAAGAUCCGACUUCAGAGCCCUGCACCUCAACAGUCGGCUCAGAAUCAGGGGAUUCAACAAGUCUGGUGAGAGGAGCCCUUGAUUGCAACAUUUGUGGGAAGAAGCUGAACUCUCCUGCCAAUCUGAGACUUCACAGACUGAGCCACUUCACCUUGGGACUCGGACGGCCACGGAGCACGCCAGGCAAGCGGCCUAAAGCUCACCAGUGUCCCAUCUGCGGCAAGCUGUUUGUGUCGUCUUCUGGGGUCGCACUGCACCAGCGAGUCCACACCGGCGAGCGCCCGUUCCCCUGCCAGGUGUGUGGAAAGCGCUUCCGCCAGAACACACACCUGCGAGAGCACCUGCGAACCCACUCGGGCGAGCGGCCGUUCCGAUGCGAGGUGUGCGGAAAGGCUUUCAUCCAGAGCAUGCACUUGUCCGAGCACCGUCGGACGCACACGGGCGAGCGGCCGCACGUCUGCCCCCUCUGUGGAAAAGCAUUCAAGACCUUCUCCAACCUGAGGAACCACAAAAAGACCCACGCCAGGCAGCAGAGGAUGGACGAGGAGGCGGCCGCCCAGGCUGCCAUGGAGACCAGCUCUGCCGUGACGGUGGUGGAGGCUUCGGCGGUCGAGCUGGCGGCCCGGCAGCCCCAGCUCAUCCAGAUUCAGACCUCAGAUCUACAUCAGACACAGGGCACCCCCACUAUAAUGUGUAAUGAGUUUGGGGAGACCAUCGCCAUCAUUGAGACCACUGAAGGGGGGGCUCUGCCGCUGGAGCAGGCGCUGGAGAUCUACCACACGGCCCUGGAGAACGGCCUGGCCAUGGACGGCGUGCAGCUGCUCUGAGGACGAGUUAAGGCCGUCGUAGAGCUGAUCACAUCAAUACUAGUCUUAAUACAAGCUCAGACUCAUCGACUACUGUGAGAUUGACUCAAGUAUUGAUUUACUGGAUCCAGAUAUUUAUGAACUGAACAUUUAAUUUGAAAAAAAAAAAAAAAAGUGUCUCAGGUUCUCUCUUGAACAGAGUUGUGAGGGAACUUACUUAUACAUGGAAGUGAUGUGUUCUCAAAAUAAUUGGUUAAUAUAAAUAAGGACCAUGGCUUGUGCCUCAAAUGACAUUUGUAUAGUUAAUUUUUAUCUCUUAUGACAAGGAUGUGGGUUUUUUUGUUUCCUCCUUUUGUUAAAAUGUAUUGGCGUCUGUUGUAAAGUGGCAAAUUCAAAUAAAUGUUUUUUC